CGCUUCAAUAUAAUUCACAUGUGAAUUUUCACCAUUUAGAUUGAUCCUGAACUUGAUUUCCGUUAGUCCGUGUCGGUCAGGUGGACAUGCGGUUUUUGAUGGUUGAUUGAAUAGCUGCGAGUCCAGAAACAAAUUAAAGUCUCAAAAGAAAUGCGGAGGGCCAAAACCCCUGUCCUCCUUGUCGCCGCAACUGGCCUCACCUUCCACGCCUUCAACUCUGAUUUCCUCUCGUCCUCCUCCGCCGAUAUCCUCCCAUCAUUCCCAGAACACCUCCGCACACCAAUUCACGGCGUCGUUCGGUCUUCCCGUGCAAUCUCCACCAUUGCGUUGACUGCCGUUGACUACAAGCUUACUCUGCGUGGAAUCCCAGAGGACUCCGAUGAGUACCGUCAGAAGCUAUCCCAGGUUCAUAGUCGUUCCGCUUCGAGAAUUCUGAAGCUGUGUGAGGCCAAUAGAGGAUUUUAUGUGAAAGCCGGUCAAUUUGUGGCCGCUCUGCGACAGGUUCCGAAAGAGUACUCAUCAACCCUUUCCUCAUUGCAGGAUCAGGCAGUUCCUUGUCAUUUGAAAGCAAUUAAAGAAGUGCUGAUCCGCAAUCUGGGACACAAGCUGUCAGAUGUGUUUCUGUCACUUGAUGAGCUUCCCAUAGCCGCUGCAUCUAUUGCUCAAGUACACAGGGGAGUUCUUAAGGAUCAUCAAGAAGUAGCAGUUAAGGUGCAGUACCCAGGUCUGGAGCAGCACAUGAAAAUAGAUACAGCAACCAUGUAUUUCCUUUCAAAAUCCCUUACAUUGUUUUUCCCGGAAUACAGAUUUGACUGGCUGGUAUCGGAGUUCGUACUUGCUAUAUCUCUCGAACUUGACUUUAUUCAGGAGGCUAGGAAUUCUGAGACAACUGCCACUAACUUUGCAAACAACAAAUGGGUCAAGAUUCCUCGUAUAUUUUGGGACUUGACCACUACUCAAGUGCUAACAAUGGAAUUCUGUACGGGCCACAAGGUUGAUGAUGUACAGUUUCUGGAGGAAAGGAGUAUAAACCCAAUGAAGGUAGCAGAAGUAUUAUUGGAAGCGUUUGCUGAAAUGAUUUUUAUCCAUGGUUUCCUGCAUGGAGAUCCACACCCUGGUAACAUAUUAGUUUCACCAGAAGGUCCCAAUGGUUUUUCUCUGGUUCUUCUAGACCAUGGAAUAUACAAACAAUUAGAUGAAGGAUUCAGGUUGGACUACUGUCAACUCUGGAAGGCUUUAAUUCUUCUAGACUCUAAAAAAUUGCAUCAUUUGGGUGAAAGGUUUGGUGUUGGGAAGUAUUCUAGAUACUUUCCUGUCAUUUUUACGGGAAGAACUAUUGACAGUAAAUCGGCUCUUGGGAAGACAAUGUCAGUUGAAGAAAAAAGUAAUCUAAAGCAAGAGUUGAAGUCCCUAAAGAUGGAGGACAUAUCUUCAUUUAUGGAAUCCUUGCCAUCUGACUUCCUCACAAUAUUGCGCACUGACGGGCUACUUAGGUCUAUCGUUAGCAAGUUGGGUGCUCCACAAAGAGUGAGGUUACUAGCCUAUGGAAAAUAUGCAUUAUAUGGUCUUUCUCCAAAGUUGAAUCCUGAAUCUGAUUUUUCUAUGGAAGUGAAGUUAUCCCGAUUGAAGGCAAAAGUGAGCUACCUUUGGUUAAGGCUUAUUCUCGGGGUAAUCGAGCUCCGUUUGCAGUUGGGAAAGGUCAAGCUUCUGCUGCACAUUUUGUAUGAAAAGUUGGGUGGUGCUACGAGGAGAAUUUUGCUUAUUUCCUCUUAGCGUUAUUUCAACCUACAUAUGUUCAAAUUGUUCCAACUUUUCGCAGUGCGUCCUUGUAAAGGGUUUUUUUUUUUUUGUUUCUUUUGGAAUACCCGUUUAAUUUACAUCUGAUUGUUUUGAUAUAAUGAUAUGUUUACACAUUAAAGGGUGGGGGAAUAAAUUGGUGGUGAACUCAUCAUUUUCAAUAUUU